AUGCUGUUGCUAGGCAACUUUGGCGGUUCCUUGGCGAUUACAUUUUCGACUUUCAGCUACCCUACCUAUGGAGCCUAUGGGGCUACCGCAUUCUUGUUGGCCGUCUACUUCUGUGACUGGAAGACGAGCGCUUGA